AUGGCUAGUCUACAGGCUGCGCGACCCGAAGUCGCACACAGGGAGGAUGCGCUAAAAAAUGAAUAUCCCCUCGAAACCGGUGACUCGUCUAAUGACAACCUCUACGAGUCGGACGGGAUCCAUGACGGACUGGAAUCCCCAACCAAGGAGGAAAAGAUAACUCUCAGGCGUGUCUCCGAUAAAAUACCAUGGAACGCAUAUCUAAUCGCACUUGUGGAGAUGGCUGAACGAUUCUCCUACUACGGAUCUGUCAUCGUUUUUACGAACUUCAUUCAACAUCCCCUUCCUCCAGGUUCACGUACGGGGGCAGGAGGUGCCAAUGGCCAGUCUGGUGCUCUGGGAAGAGAUCAACAGACGUCCACUGGGUUGAAUACAUUCUACCAGUUCUGGGCCUACACGACGCCGUUACUGGGAGGAUAUGUUGCCGAUACCUAUCUAGGCCGAUUCAACACUCUCUAUGUCGGUAUCGCGAUUGCCAUGGUUGGCCACAUCAUUCUUAUCAUUUCUGCUAUCCCGGGAGUUAUCGAAAAGUCAAGUGCUAUUGGUGUGUUCGUACUGGGUAUGAUUAUAACCGGCCUAGGUACUGGGUUUUUUAAAGCAAACAUUUCCCCGUUGAUCGCUGAACAAUACCGACGAACGAAACUCUUCGUUAUUACCGAGCCAUCAGGCGAGCGUGUUAUCGUUGAUCCAGCUCAAACGGUUGCUCGAGUUUAUAUGUAUUUCUACCUGUUCACCAAUAUUGGGUCACUCGUCGGGCAGAUUGGCAUGACUUACGCCGAGAAAUAUGUUGGGUUUUGGCUAUCGUUUACGCUGCCCACUUUCGUUUUUAUGGCCUGUCCGGCCAUUCUUUUCUUCAGUCGCCACAAAUAUAUUCGUUCACCUCCUACAGGAUCUGUCCUUGCGACUGCGCUUCGUCUUUGGAUAUUUGCUUCGAGAGGUAGAUGGAGUCUCAACCCAGUUCGGACCUACAAUAAUCUAACUUCCGAUGACUUCUGGGAAAACGCGAAACCGAGUCAUCAACGAGAAGUGCAGAACUGGAUGACGUUUGAUGAUGCGUGGGUGGACGAAGUUAGACGCGGUCUGAAGGCCUGUUCCGUCUUUACAUGGUACCCGGUAUUCUGGCUCUGCUAUGGACAGAUCAACCACAACUUGACAUCCCAAGCUGCAACAUUGAGCACCCACGGGUUGCCCAAUGACGUUCUAUCGAACUUGAACCCAUUCACGUUGAUCAUUGCGAUUCCGAUUUGUGACUGGUUUGUCUAUCCCGCUUUGCGUCGUUGGGGAAUCAAUUUCACGGCCCUCAAGAAGAUGACGGGUGGUUUUCUCACCGGGGCGGCGGCGAUGGUCUGGGCAGCAGUCGUGCAGUAUUAUAUUUACGAAACUAGUCCCUGCGGUUACGCCGCCAAUUCCAAGGCUUGUUACAACACUCCCUCACCUCUCAAUGUUUGGAUUCAGACCGGCUCCUACGUUCUUAUCGCUCUGAGUGAAAUCCUAGGCUCCAUUACUGGUUUGGAAUACGCGUACAUGAAAGCACCAAAGAACAUGCGUUCGCUGGUCAUGUCCAUCUUCUUGUUCACGAGUGCAUUAGGAGCGGCUUUGUCGCAAGCCUUCCUCCCACUCGUUGUGGAUCCUUUUCUCAUCUGGAACUAUGGAUCAGCAGCCAUCAUUGCGACUGUGACAGGCAUUGGGUUCUGGUUGUUCUUCAGGAAGCUGGAUGCACAGGAAGAUGAAUUGAAUUCGUUGGCCACGGGAACGAUGUGUAAAGACUUUAUUCCACAAGGGCAGUUGGAAAAGGCCUAG